CGUAACGUAUGUCAACGACAUAUCUUACCAAUUUCUUUCAGACGGUCUGCCUGUCGUUGAUCUGUGGCACGGCCGACGUGGUGAUUAAAAAGAAUGGCCGCUACACAACUAAAUCGAGCACGAACCAUCAAGAAAGUUGAAAAACCUCGACCGCUUAAACUUAAUCAACGCCACGCGACCGUCGAUGGGCGGAUUACGACUGUGGAGGAUAUAGUCUCCUUAAUCGACAAUGUUGCAAUGCAACUAACAAAUGGCUUCCAUGACCGAGCGCUGCAAAUAAAUGUGAUUACAAUGUGCAAUCAUUUAAAACUUUAUGCUCAUCAAUUAGAAGCUAUUUAUAAAGAUCAGCUAGAUAGAGCUUUUGUAGCAAUCAGAAAUGGAAGUCAAGACGAAAGACUAGAUUUGACGACUAGGGUUCACCUGCUGGAACUUAUAGAAUUAAGAGCUAAACAAUGGCGUCACACAGAUUCUAUGGAUGUAUAUUAUACACAAAAAUUAUCUCAUUUGGAUAAUGCAGAAGCAAUUCCUGAUACACCUACGAAUGCAUUGUCAUCUCCAAUGGCAACUAUGACUUCACCUACUGUAACACCUAUCUUGGGACCUGGUGAAGUUAUAAAAAAUAGUGGCAAAUUUGUUAAACCUACUCGUAUUCCUGGGAAAAACUAUUGUAAAGAUGAAGUUGUUAUACGUAACAGUGAUUCUGGUAAAGUGAUGGGAAUAAAAGGGCGGCGGGUUCACAUGAUCGAAGAGCUCAGCCAGACAAUCAUCUCCUUCCAGCGAGUAAACCCUGGAGCCAAAGAACGACUUGUCCAAAUCACGGGUACUUCCGAGGACAAGAUACAUUACGCGAAGGAUUUGAUAAAAGAUACGAUACAACGAAAUGCAUCACCGGUGAGAUUAGAGCAAGGUGGAGGAGAAAAAGGAGCUAUGGGUGGUUCAAGCUCCUCAUUAAAUAGCAGUGCAUCAGAUGAAAGUAAUCGAUUGCAACAUCAACAACAAAACUCUCGUUUACGAAGUUCACUCCUCCACAGCUUCUCCACCAACGACGCCAGUAUAGGCGAAUAUAAAUAUACGGUUACUGUUGGUAACCAAUCUUUAAAAAUCACAGGAUGCAAUCUCGAUCUUGUUAGGACUGCAAAGCUAGUUUUAGAUGAACAUUUCUUGGGAGAUUCUGAAAAUUUCACAAGUGGUAUAGAAUAUUUCAAUUUUGAAGAAGAAUCUCCUUAUUCAAUCUCGUCUUCCAAUACACAAAAAACAUUAUUAACUCCAAGCAAUACAAAUGAAGUAGGCCGAGAAUUAAAUAUGGAUAGUGCUGCAACUUCAGAAAGUGAAGAAACUUAUAAACCUCAUAUAAUAUCUGAACCAAAUUCAUCAACUCAGGAAGUUCCAGAAGUUAGAGAACUCACAUAUGAGUUUUUGUUGCUGUGUUCAACAGGCCCUUAUGCUAAACGGCCACCUGCAGAUUGGGUUCGCAUUCAAAAGGAAUGUCCCAACAUUGUUCGCAAGGAACCGAUUCGCUGGUUCGAACCGGAAACAUAUAAAGCUAAGGUAGCAGCUGCUGGUCUUAUUACAGUAUUGACAAUUGGAGAAGGAGAAACUGAUCCAGAAUGAAAUUACAUAAUUUAAUAUUUUGAUCAUCAAAUUGUAUGUAUUAAUUUACAUCGGUUUUUAUCUCGAUGUAUUGUGAUAAAUUUUCAAAACUUUGUAUAAUUCUAAAAUGAACAAAUAUGUAAUAUGAAUGAGUUCAUUGCAAUACACAAUAAUUUAUGAGUAA